CUCACAUCUAUCGUCCACUCCCACUUCAUUUUCCGCAUCUUCUGGUUUCCUUACCUUGGUAGAUCAAAUUUCUGCAUCGCCAGACGGCUGUCACCCAGGAAAAAAAAAGGGUAUAUUAAGCGGGCUCAGUUGGAGGUGGGCCCAACCGAAGGCUCUGUACUCUCUCCCUGGCCUGGAGCCUCUCUUUGAAUGUUCUCCCUUCAACUGAUUGCUCAAAUUUCGCGCCUCUCACUCCCCAGAAUCGUGACGGUUCCUAGCGUCUGCUAUUAUUCCACAUAUUCUUCGAAUCAGAGUCCGAUUCUGUGUCCUGGCUUAAGGAGGCUUUGAUAUCCGAGACUUUCCUGUUCUUCGUCUCGUGUAUUCUCUAGCAUUACUUGUUGUCUCUGGUAGUUCACUAACUUCACGCCCCCUUCCCGGGGAUCAUCCUUACCAGAAAGAAGAUGGUCGCCUUUGGGAAGAAGUUGAAAGAAAACCAGAUUCAAGAAUGGAAAGGAUAUUAUAUCGACUAUAAGUUUUUGAAAAAGAAGGUUAACCGGUAUUCGCAACAACUUGACGUUGGAACCCAGGAUCCCAGUUUUGUUCUCUGGGACUUUUCCAAAAUGCUGGAUGAUCAGAUUCAAAAGGUUGUCUUAUUUCUGCUGGAAGAACAAGGAUUGCUGGCGCACAGAUUAUUGUCUCUUGGGGAGCAGUGCAGUGAUCUUCUACAACAGGGUGAAAGAGCCAGCAUCUGCAAAAUAGAGCAAGGAUACAGACAAGUUGGACAAGAUCUUUUGAGGCUGGUUUUUUUCCUUGAGAUGAACGCUACUGGUCUUCGUAAGAUCUUGAAAAAAUUUGAUAAACGCUUUGGGUAUAGAUUUACAGACUAUUAUGUCAAAACUCGUGCAAAUCACCCUUACUCUCAGCUCCAACAAGUGUUCAAGCAAGUGGGUGUUGGGGCUGUUGCUGGCUCCAUUUCACGCAAUCUUGCAGAACUCCGGGACCAUCAGGGAAUCUACGUUUCAAUAUAUGAUCAGCCCAUUUUAUCAAACACGGACCCUUUGGUUGAUUCUAUUAAUGCAGCUGUUAACAGGCUAUCAAACUCGACCGACUUUCUGGAGUUUCUGGGAAGACAUGCAUUUAUUAUAUCAGGAGACUCGGGUCAGCUAGAAGAUUAUGCUGCUGAAGAGGAAUUUCAUUUCAUGUCUCUUCUACUGAACUUGGUGAACGCUUUCCUGUAUAUGAUCAACACCUACAUCAUUGUCCCCACAGCAGAUAGUUACUCACUCAAUCUUGGAGCCGCUGCGACUGUUUGCGGUGUUGUGAUUGGUUCCAUGGCUGUUGCUCAAUUGUUUUCUUCGAUUUAUUUUAGUGCAUGGUCAAACAGGUCUUACUUGAGGCCACUUGUGUUCAGCAGCACUGUGCUUCUCAUAGGCAACACAUUGUAUGCCCUGGCGUAUGAUAUAAAUUCUAUAACAGUUCUUCUGGUGGGCCGCCUUUUCUGUGGGUUAGGUUCUGCAAGAGCCAUCAGUAGGCGUUAUAUAAGUGACUGUGUGCCACUAAAAUUCCGCAUGAAGGCUUCUGCUGCAUUUGUUAGUGCAAGUGCGCUAGGAAUGGCAUGUGGCCCAGCUCUUGCUUGCUUAUUUCAGACUAACUUCAAGAUUUUCAAUCUCACUUUCAAUGAGGAUACAUUGCCCGGUUGGUUUAUGGCUCUUGCGUGGCUAUUCUAUUUGUUGUGGUUAUGGAUGUCCUUCAAGGAACCUGUUAGAGAAAUUAAAGAGGGCGUUGUUCCCCAGGAAGGACCCUCAGCUAAGUACACUUUCAAGAAAAAUCUUGAGGCACCGUUGCUCUUGCAAGCCGAAGCUAAGCAAGAGAUGAGUAAUGAAGAUGAGGAUUGUGAGGAAGACUCUGAAGAAGACCAUGAGCCUGUCACUUCACUCGUCUCAGCGUACCGGAUACUUUCGCCUUCGGUAAAGGUUCAACUAUUUGUAUAUUUUAUGCUCAAAUAUGCAAUGGAGAUUCUGCUAGCCGAGUGCAGCGUCGUCAGUACGUAUUACUUCGAGUGGCCAACAAAGACAGUUGCGGUUUUUCUUGGGUUCCUUGGUCUAACUGUACUCCCCGUGAACGUUAUAGUAGGACACUACAUCAGCAACAUGUUUGAAGAAAGGCAGGUAGUGGUAGCCUCAGAAAUCAUGCUAUGCAUUGGGAUCCUUUUCAGCUUCAACGUCUUUGUCCCUUACACGGUUAUUCAGUACAUUGGCUCAGCAUUUGUGACGUUUGUAUCUGCAGAAGUUCUUGAAGGAGUGAACUUGUCGGUGUUAUCGAGGGUGAUGCCAUCAAGGCUAUCCCGAGGGACUUACAACGGAGGAUUGCUUUCGACAGAGGCUGGGACGUUGGCCCGUGUGGUGGCUGAUGCUACCAUUACGCUUUCUGGUCACUUCCCUCAGAGUUGGCUUUUGAACCUCACUUUGAUCCCUUCACUUGUCAUUUGCUUCUCCUCCAUUGUUGCCACCUCCUUCUCUUACAACUCUCUUUACUGAACCUCUCUCUCUCUCCUCCUUUGCUUCACCCUCGCGUGUUUCUGUGUAUUUUUAGCUCCCAAGUUUGUAAACUAUAUAUACUCAAAGAGGCAUAUAUAUGAUUUACAUCAUCUUGUGGAAGUGGCUCUGUCACUUUUUGCUUUGAAAAAAUGCAGUCAUUACCAAAAGUAUCAUUAGAUUGAUGAUGAUAAGAUGAAAUUAAUGUGUACAAUCAAAUCCAAAUCUGGAAAGAGUCAUUGGUAAGAUAACCAUAUAUAAUGGUUAUCCAUAAGCGUUUGAAAAUUCAUGUGCAUUUUGCCUUGGAAUAUCAAUUCCGGUACACACUAUAUAAACACGUUAUAUUUUCUUCUUCAUCUCUUGAGAUUGCUUUUUAGUUGGAAUUAUAUUUCUUUGUUUUGAUAUUAUUUUUUCUAAUCACUAAAAUGAAGCUAAUCGAUAUGAGAUUUAAGUAAAGCCCAUUUUAUAAAUCAUAUAAGGAAUAUAAUGUUUAGAAAAUUAUGGAAAUAUAAGUGAAACAGAUAGAGAAGAAACUCAGAAAACGAAUGAAUUUUUACUGCAUUUCAUAAAAUUUCAUCCUUGCCACAUAGGUCCAUAACAACAACUUUUUAUAUACAAAAUUAUACUUAUCUGAAUAAAUCUUCAUCAUCCACGUGUUGCGAUAUUGGUUGGAGAAGAAGCAUCUUUGCUGGAUAUUGUGAUUCUGUUAGGAUUUUUCAAU